AUGUCAUUGCAGGCACCCAAGGAUAUGGCGGCAGAACGAGCUGCUGCCGGGUUUGAUAUCGAAGCGCUUAAGCAUCAUUGGCACGGAGGUGUCCAUCAAUACCAACUCUUGGAAAGAGCAUAUAAGCUCAUCAAGAGUGACCCUGAACUCGUCGUACAACCACCCCGUAACUUUAUGGAGCUGACAAAGGACGAGUCGCGUGAAUUUACAAUGGGUCAAAUAUACCGAACUGUCAAGCUGCUACAAGAUCCAGUGAUUCGCAGUCAGGGACCCGAGUUCACCGAGGCCAUUUUCCAAGCACUAGUCAGUUACUCAGAGAGCUACUCCAUGCGCAUAGGUGUACACCGAGCACUUUUCCGUAAUGUGCUUUUGAUGCUUGGCAGUGACGAGCAGCGCGACGCCUGGCUUGAUGCAGUGGAUAACUAUCGUAUUUUUGGGUGCUUUGCCAUGACCGAGCUCGGUCACAGUUCAGCCCUUCGAGAUAUCGAAACAACUGCCACAUUCGAUCCCAACACCGACGAGUUCGUGAUCAACUCGCCCACCAUCACUGCCACUAAAUGGUGGAUCGGUAUGGCAGGCAAGACUGCCACGCACACCAUGGUGAUUGCUCAAACAUAUAUUGGCGGCCAACACCAUGGCCACAACUGGUUUAUCGUCCAGCUUCGUGAUACCGCGUCGGGUGCGCUCCAGCCGAACGUUAUUGCCGGCGAUAUCGGACACAAGGUCGGCCGACCAGGUCUGGACAAUGGCUGGAUCCAAUUCCACAACGUGCGUAUUCCUCGUUCGCAGAUGCUGAAUCGAUGGGUUGACUUGGACCGUCAAGGCAACUAUACUCCCGCACCUUCUCCCGUGGUCAUGUACGCUACCUUGAUCCCCGAGCGUAUCAUGAUUGUCAUGAACAGUAUGUUGAUGGUCUCGCAUGCCCUGACAAUUGCCACGCGAUACAGCGUUGUCCGUCGCCAAGGUAACCAGAACCAGCAAAUCAUGGACUACUUGUCGCACUAUGGCAAGUUCGUGCCGGCUAUUUCGUUCAUCUACAUGGUGCGCUCUGCUAGCUCGACGUUGGAUGAGCAAUUCAAGAUAUUGACGGCUGGUGGUGACAUGGAUCCAGAAGUGUACAUGUACCAUAUGGGCGACAUGCAUGCUAUUUCGGCCUGUUUGAAGGGUAUCACUGGAUGGUACGGCUCGGAUGUAUUGGAAACAUGUAGACGUGCGUGCGGUGGCCACGCCUAUUCAGCAUACAACAACAUUGGCCAAAUUAUCAACGACUGGGGUGUCUUGACAACAGGUGGUGGUGACAACGUUGUGUUGCUUCAGCAAACGGCACGUAUCUUGCUCCAUCAACUGACGCAAAAGUUGGACCAUGAUCAGUAUCCUCAGUUGAAAUUCAAGAGCUCCACACACUACUUUAUCCGUGCCAAGGAGUACCUGGCCAAACCAAGCUGGAACGUCACUGAUGUGUCUGCUUGUCUCUCAGACUUGACCUUGGUCGAAGAGGCAUUGUUUACCAUUCUAGUCAAGCGGCUUAAUAGCAUUCGUGAAGAAUUGAAGGCUGGUGCUACUCAGAAUGAUUUGUUGUUGGAUUCAGUGCGUGUGGCUGAAAUGCAUGCUGCUGCAUUCUUGUAUUCUGAUGCCGUUGAAAAGUAUGGUAAGCCGGACCCUGCACUUGAACCCAGCGUGGCACAAAUUAUGCGCCGUAUGACAGCUGUGUGGGGCUUGCACACCUUGCACACCUACAGUGACCAAGGAUUUAAGGAAGGCUUCCUCAACCCACAACAAGUCAAGCAAAUAGAGAAGCUUUAUCUGACGACAAGCAAAGGGAUGCGCAAACAAGUUGUCGGCCUAACAGACGCGUGGGGCUAUCCUGACUUUGUCUUGAAGGCGCCCAUUGCCAAAUACGAUGGUGAUAUUUAUGAGCCCUACUUUGAGACGCUACUCAUGUCGAAGAAUAGCGUUGAUGUGCCAUCCUAUCAUGGCAGAUACAUCAAGCCACUCACGGAUAACUAA